AUGACUGAUACUGGAAGUGACGAAACGGGAACAGAUAGAGUCGUCGAGGCAUCGCCAUAUCUUACAGAUCUCGAUGUAAGGCGAUAUCUACUGCAGUUUAUUCUACAAUGCAAAGGGAUAGUGAGUGAGAACUCACUACUUUCAUGCUACUUAACGCUAGAGAAUGACGCUGGAAGGUUUCUGAAAGAUGAACCAUUAUCGUUGACAGCUUGGAGGCUGAAACUAACAGAUCAUGUCAGUAAACUUAAUUUGCAACUAAGUCCCUUGAACUAUAGGAUAACGAUGGUAAACCAUCCAAUGGGCAAGUCAUACGUGAGCCGGAGGUUUGAAAAUUUCAUAACAGAUCUAGUGGAUGCUAAUUGGCCUCCCAAUGCCAGAUUUUACGUGUAUACCAAUCUCAAGUACGAUUCCCAAAUGAAAAUGGCGACAUCAUUCUCAGCAGCAGAUAUAGGGUUUUUGAAGUGGAGUAUCGAGAAGAUACUAACUGAAAGCAGUUACGUACAGCAGUUUGAAAGGGAAGAAGAAUCCAGUGAUGUGAUAGAUGAGGUGGAUAAUAUAUUACGUGAAAAAUACGGUGAUGAACACUAUGCAGGGCUAAAACAUUUUGUCUCGUAUCGGAUUGGUUCUGGGGAGCUCAUGCAAACAAACGAAAUAACACAAACAAGAGCAGAAGAGCUCUUGUUUGAGUUGUCUGAGCGCAAAUGGCUCUAUCGUUCUCCCGAAGGGAAAAUUGGAUUAGACGUUAGGUUCUUGAUUGAAAUGAAAGAUUAUUUAGUCGAGAAUUUUGACGUCCCAUUAUGUGUCCAUUGUAACGAAGUUGUACUUCAAGGCAUCAUCUGUCUAGAAGCCAGAGAAGAGCAUAACUAUGGACUACACGUCGGAUGUUUAGAACACUAUGUGAAACAUGUUAGCGAUAAGUGUCCAGGAAGUGAUAAGACUUUCCAGGAAGCUGGCGCAUACGCCAUUGGAUGA